AGCUUUUAUUAUCUAAUAUUAUACUAUUUGUAAAAAAUUGUCUUGUUGCUCUGUGAGUCAAUAUAUGAUUGAAUAAGUAAAUAGAAAAUGAACCAAACGAAAAUUAAAUUUUCUCGCUAAUUUCCAACAGCCAAACCAAUCAAAGUUCGCUAAAUAAAAACGCAAAUCAAGCAACCGCGACAUAUUUCCAUAAUUAAAUUACUUCUAACGAAGACUUCUAAAGAAAUACCAAGAAGUAGACCUUUGUUAUUAAAAAAAUUAAAAUUAGUUUCCCGCCACAUCCAUUCCAUCGCAUUUCCAUUCUCCAGCGGAACAAAACUCUCCAGUUCCAGCUCCAGUCGCAUUCCACUUUCCAGUGUCGUCCGCCUUGUUGAUCUCUUUCUUUCCUGUUCCGAGCCGCUCGCCUCAUUCGUUCUCGAGCUUUCAAACGUGGGACUUUGUUUAUCCGCCGUCAUUGUCCUGCGCCUGCCGUUGGCUCGUUUUCGUCCGUCCGCUCGCGCUGAUCCGUGCAAAUUGUUCAGAAAUUUCGGUUUUUCCCUUCCGACGCCAAACACUUCGCUUGCAUUCACUCCCGGCGAGUCGAAAUCGGAAUUCAGUGGAAAACAACAGGAAGCAGUCGGCAGCGGCGAGUGCGGUGUUUUGUGAAAAUUGCCCAGGGCAGUGUGGAAAAAUUGAGUUGUGGUGUGUGUCCCGAAGUUCACGGAGUUGAGCGUGGAAAUCUGCAGCAGCGAUGAAUAAAACGUGCGCGCGGUGCAGCAAGGUGGUCUACCCGAUCGAGGAGCUCAAGUGUCUGGACAAGAUAUGGCACAAAACAUGUUUCAAAUGCCACGAAUGCGGCAUGGCACUAAACAUGAAGACAUACAAGGGAUUCAACAAGCUGCCGUAUUGCGAAGCGCAUAUACCAAAGGCAAAAGCAACAGCAAUCGCCGACACACCAGAACUUAAGCGAAUAGCAGAAAAUACAAAAAUUCAGUCAAAUGUCAAAUAUCACGAAGAAUUUGAGAAGCAAAAAGGAAAAGUCACACAGGUUGCCGACGAUCCCGAAACGUUGAGAAUAAAACAAAAUACAAAAAUCAUUUCGAAUGUGGCUUAUCAUGGUGAAUUGGAGAAAAAAGCUGCAAUGGAAAAGCAACGAGGAACGGCUGAAGUCGUUGAAGCAAGAGACAAUGAAUCUGAGUACUUCUCAGAGGCAUUAGCUGCCGAGCAAUUAUCACAAUAUCAGCCAACUCAGCAACAACAGCUUACAUCCGCAACAUCACAUACCCAUCAUCAAUAUCAUCAAACAAACAUGCAUCAACAACAACAACCACAACACUCGCAACAAACAUCAACAUCAUUAAGCUCCCAACAGCAUCAUCAACAUCUCCAGCCUGCUGGCCAAGUAAUUGCACCAAAUAAUUCACAAAGUUAUUCAGGUAUGAUGCAGCAACCGCAAAGUAAUCAACAAAUAGUACAUCAGCAACAGCAGCAAAUGCAAUCCUAUCAGAAGCAAACACAACAGCAACCAAUUCGACAAUCGGCGGCUGCUACAUCACAACAACCAAAUUAUGCAUCACAGCCACAACAACAGCAGCAAACGGCCUAUCAGCAACAGCAACACGUUCAACAACAACAAAAUAAUUACAUGCAAAUGCGUAGCUCGAUUUUACAAAACGCUCAUCAUCCAUCCGGGGGUGAAGUUGCCAGGGAUGCGUCUGCGAAAUACUACGAUCAGUACGAAAACUAUGCCCGGCCCACGUCAAACGCGCAGAUUUCACAGAAUUCGUACAAUAAUAAUAAUCCCAGUGUAUAUAAUAACGCACAACCGAAUUAUAUGUAUCAAGGAAACAAUAGCGCACAUUAUAACCCGAGCACGAACGGCGGGGGUAGUAAUGGUAGUGUUUUGAGUGGUAUCGGGGUAAUGGGUGGUAACAGCGGCAUUGGAAAAAUCGCAGACUAUGAUCCCCUAACAGACGGCCCUAGAUCCAUUCCCAGCACACCCCGGCAAAGCGCAACUUUGAUUUAUAGUUCAGAUCGCGGUGCGGUUAACAAUAGUACUAAUCCUCGACGGGUUGGUUCCAUUGCUGAUAUUGAUCCGGCAAAUGGUGUUUAUGGUUCAAUAACUGAACCAAAUAAUCAAAAUCAAUAUUAUCAACAACAAAAUCAAAUCCGACAAGGACAUCAGCAUUCACAUAUUCAUCAAACCCAGCAGCAGCAACAACAGCAACCACAACAAAAUCAUCAAUCAAAAGCUAAUAUGCGCGUCUACCGAGCCUUGUACGACUACCAAGCUCAAGACAUGGAUGAAGUUAGCUUUAAAGAAGGCGAUUUGAUUUUCGAAAUUGACCCAAUCGAUGCCGGCUGGAUGACUGGAAAAGUAGAACGAACUGGUAAAACAGGAAUGCUACCCGCAAAUUACCUUCAGCCAGCUAUGAUUUAGUUUUCGCAUUUUUUUUCGCAAUUCCCUAUGAAAAAUAUUAUAGAACCAAUAAAUUCAUAUUAUAAAUACCUAAUUAAAUCAUUGACAGAUCCAAACUGUAAAAGUCCUCAAAUUGAACAAUCUGCAAGAUCCUAACUGGAUCAUUUAAUUGAAAGAUGGUCCACACAAUAGUUUUAGAGGGCAUAUUUAGGGAGAAAAACAGCAGCUUAUACAUAAAUGAUAAGUUUAAAUAGAAGAGCAGUGAGAAUGCGAGGUGAAGAUAAUGAAAUUAAACGAAAAGAAUAUUGUAUUACGUUAUUAUGAAAUAAUGAACUGUAUAAUUUAUUAAUAAUAAAUACAUGAAAGGGAGAACAUAAUUUUAUGUUUUUUAAGUACCUUUCUUUCAUUUUUGUUAUAAAUUUUAUUUUCAAAAUAAAAUAAUUAUUAGUUUAUUGUUAUUAUGUUGAAUAUGAAACUCUUAGAUAGUAUGAAAUUCACCAAUAUCCUUUUAUUAUUUUUCCCUUAUGUUUAUUUAAACGCUUCCUUUCCCCUCUGUUUCUUUUCUUUUUCUACUUUCCAACCCAGUUUUACCUACUUACCUACCAUUCUACUGUAAAAUAUGUGAGAUCACAAAAGUUUAAAUGUGUUUUACAUUUACCUUACUACUUUCCUAUUAUUUUUGAAAAUCAAUCAGGAAUAAUUAAGAAUAAUCAAGAACACACGAUUGCUUUUACAUCUAACUAAAUUUAACGAAUUGAAACUUUUUUGUUUUCUACUUAGAGAUUUGCAAUUAUUGUAUAAAAAGGAAAAUAUGUAACUUAUGUGCCUUCUCGGAUAAUAAACAAUUUUUAAAAGACAAAUGUCUAAUUUUGUCAUUUUGUCAAUUUCUAAACGAUUCUUAUGAUGUAAUUGGCCAAAUUAUUGAGUAGUUUAUAAAAUAUCCGACGACUGAUAUCAUUGCUUGAGAAAACGCAAAGCCUUUUUGGCUUAUUAAGUUGUGCAUUAAUAUUGAGUGAGAAAUGUAUUAUGUGCUAACUUGAGUAAUAUUGAGCAUUUUCCUAAUCUACACUACAAUCAAAAACUAACAAUUUGUUGUUAUAUUUCAAUAAGUUACAAGUAAUAUUAUUGUUCAAACGAUUUCUUAUUCAUUUAGUUAUCAUAAGUAGAUUGCUAAAAAUAUUGGAAUUUAUAACAUAUAAACCUAAGCAUGAUGUAAAUUUCUCUAUUAUAUUAACGAAAUAUUUACUAAUUUUUCAUUUUUACUAAAUCCCUUAAAUCACUAGCUAAUACCGAUUAUAUUAUAUACAGAAGAGUUCUGAUUUAUUUUUACAUGCUAUUGCAAAUGUUUUUAUUUCUAUAUGUUUUGUGAAUUAAUAAAAAUGGAGGUUAAGGUAUAUUUAAA